UCGGUUGUUUUGAUUUUUUCUUUGAUUUUGUUUUGUUUUUGUUUUGCGAAUUUUUAUUAUUCCAUCAUUUUGAUCUCUUCUUUUUUGUUCCAUCAUGAAUCGUCAUAAGUGGAAGAAAAAGUUUAAUUCUAUAGACCCUAAUUCGGAUGAGCCCUUGGAAAUUUCAUCCAAAGGACGACCUGAGCCAUUGAUGGUCUUCCAACCACAGAGUAAAAUACUUCGAGAUCCAAGAUUUGAAGAAUCAAGUGGAGAUUUCAAUAAGUUCAUAUUUCGAGAUCGUUUUGGUCCAUUGAUUAAAGAAUCGAUGGUAGAAGAUUUGAAAGAAUUGAAGAAGAUUGAAAAGAAAGAAAAAGAUCCUGAACAAAGUGAAAAAAUAAAAUCUCUGAUUCAAAGGACCAAAAAUAAGAUAAAAACAUCCGAAUCCCAAGAAAAGGAGAGACAAUUAAUCCAGAAAUUAAGAUCAGAGAAAAGAAAAGAAAUUAACAAAUCGGGACCAGUUUAUGUGACCAAAGCUGCAAUUACAAAGGCUCAAUUGGUAGAGAAAUUCAAGAAAUUAAAACAAUCGGGAAAACUAUCCAAAUAUAUUGAAAAGAAAAGGAAAAAGAAUCUUGGUCGAGAUCGAAAAAAAUUAAACCGAAAAUGAAUGGAAAAUAGGAAUCGAAAUCAAUGUGACACCCAAAGUGAUUUAGAAGUUGAUUAAAACCAGUGUUAUUUAUAAAUAUAAACCGUUAUACAUUAAUGUCGCAAUUGUUUAAUAUUGGUAAUAAUUAGCACACAUAUUGAAUUUUGAAAUUGCUCAAGUUUCCUUUAGAUUUCUGUGUAUUAUUAGUUGCUUAUUUUUCAUUGAUUUUGUGUUGACCUUAAAAUCGUUUUUCGUUUUUUUUAAAUUACACUUGGACCUACAACGCAACUUGA